GCGAUCUCUGCGACAAAGCACGGUCUGUGUUUGUUGUUGCCUCGUAAGACGCGUCGGAUGGACUUGCCGCGCCGCAUCGCGAGCGAAGAUGCAAACUGCUUGGACGAUUUUCUGCAUUGCUUCCCUUCUCUCGGGGACGCUGCUGGGGCAGGCCCCGCCCUUCUACCGCCCGCCCGUGGGGUACGGCGGCUUCAACUACCGCUCCGCCUUCGAGGACCACGGCACCCCGCAGCCUCGCAACCUCACCGGUGAGCCUCGCCCCAACCUCACUCCGGUCACUCCGGUGCCAGUGGCGAGGGCUGGGCCGGUGUCCGGGCACGCACUGGGCGCCUGGGCCAUCGUGGGCAUCGUGCUGGCGCUGCUGGCGGCGGGCUCGGGGGCCUACUUCGCGGUGCUGUGCUACCCGGUGCUGUGCCGCCGCCGAGUGCCCCUGCACGACCAGGAGGUGCACGUGUGACCCCUGCACCCUCUCUGCUGACCUCCAGCCCUCCGAGCGAGCUGCCGACCGACCCAAGAUCUCCAACCCUCCAAGGGCGUGCAGAAACAAACUGUUGUUGUGGUCCAUCAAGUACAAGUUGGUGGUCGUCCGACAGAUGGUGUGAUCUUGUGUGGUUGAACCACCGACCGACCCAAGAUCUCCAAACCCUUUCGGGUAACCCAUCAGUUACCAGUUGGUAGCCCUGUGAUGGACCUUGUGCUCACGAGAGGGCGGAGACCAGCAGGAGUGUCGGGUCGAGUGAGUGGGAGAGAGUUGACUGUAGUCCCUCCGGGUCCACUCGUGACUUUAUAGCGCGUCUCGUGAGCUCAUGUUUGUGUGAUCAGACACUCCGUGCUGUACGGAACUCCUUGGCUGAUUCAGACAUCUGGCGAGGUCUUCUUCUGGACGUGAGUGAGUUUCGAAUGUGGUGGAAAGCUCGCUGGUCUGGUUGGCCGUUCAGCUUGUUUUACAAACCUUGACUUUUUUCAAGUGCAAGACGAGCUGAAGUGUAGGUUGAACGAUAAUUUUCUUACUGAACGACCGAUAGUGUUUGAAAGGUGGACUUCGAGUGCAAAACUUUACAUAAUAAGAGUGCUGGAAGACUUUAUUUAAUAACUACAAUUCAAAAUACACUACAGUAUUAAGGGUAGCGUGAUCAGAAUAUUACUUGAUGUGAUAAAACUCGAUAAAUGAUUGUAAUAAGGCCAUAGAUGGACGAAAGUUUCUGUUUUAGAAAUAAUUGAAAUCUGAAGAGACAGAUUCGAAUGUAGAAAAAGCCCUGAGUGGGUAGAACUUUUGUAAAUAGAGGCUGUGUUAUCAAUUA